GUGGUAGUGGAAAUAUGAACAGGAUUUGCAAUGGCUGGGGAAAGGAGAGUGGAAAUCCCUUUAGCUCUGCUGGUAAAUAAACCCCUGUGUUAUGCUUUGAAAUAUAUAUCUUCAUUCUUUAUUACUUCAUACAGCUUACCAGCUUUUAUCUCACCCAAAUAUAUAUAUAUAUAUUUAACUCAUUGUCAUUGCAUUCUCAUUCUGGUUACACACAACUCAGAAGGCAUUAUUAGUUUGAAGAGUCUAUUAAUAUAAAAGAGAUGGUAAUGAAACACUUGCGCUCGCUGAAGCAUAAAGUAAAUACAAGCAACUUUAAUCUGUACUUCUCAAAUGGGCAUCACAAAUACAAGUACCAAAUUUAAGACUAAAAUUGUUUGCUGGUUUCUGCCUAUUGAGAACUUUGUUUCUUAAAAAAAAACCACAAAAGAACCCAACAAAAAACAAAACAAAACAGAAAAAACAACACCCAAACAAACAAAAAACCCCCAAAAACCCCAAACCCCAAAAGCAGAUCAAAGAAAUUGAAAAAAAAAUUUCAAAAAACUGGACUGAAGACCAGUCCUUCAGCUACUGAUUAACUUCAUGCCAGUGAACAGGCCUUGUUGCUGCAGAUGUGGAAGCAGUAAACCAUACAGGUCCAGCUGCUGGAUUUCAAGAUCCAUCUUUACAUUGAAACAGCCCGACAGGGCUGUUCAGCCUCUGAGCACCCCGGGGAUGCUGUAUCUCCACAGCUUGGCCUUGGCCAUCACAGCAGGAAAGCAAAGCUGCUGCAUUGCUCACGCUAAGAUGAAAAGAGGAAAAGAUCAAGUUCAUACAAACAUUUCCUUUCUCAGCUCUCUAGACUUUAUUUUUCCAGUUUAACUUACAGCAAGCCUUCCAAACACAGUGCAAGCCCAGAACAUGUGGCAAAUGUUCAUUUCAGGUCCAUUUUGCAAUAAGAUGGAGCUGGUUUGUAUUUGGGGCAUGUGCUUUGAUCCUCUUACUUGGAGUCACGUGAAAAGUCAACUCAGUUCUUGUUUUUUGCCCCUAAAUUCCUGGGUAUUCCCAUCCCUGCCAUUGACACCUGCCCAGCAAGCCUGGAGAAGAGAUGGGUGCCUGGUAAUGUCUGCCAGGACUUUGUGCUGCUUGCUUAGAUGGGCAGACGGUCCUAGGAGAAGUCGAGCAGCAGAGAACUGGCUGCACAGGUCUGUGCCGUGUCCUGAGCCUCUGUACGUCACGACUCGAUGUUUUGGGCAGGAUUGUGUAGGAAAAAAAGUACCACUUUCAAAGGCUCUCAGUGACUAAAAGAUGCUGACUGAAGGAAAAAGGUCUGUUAAAAUUAAAAAGAUCCUUGGCAGAAGACGUAAAGAAGUGAAGUUCCUUCGAGAUUCUCAAAUUAAUAACCUACCUAAUUAGUAAGAGCUGCUAGCAGAGGGAGGCAGUGCACCGAUUUAUUUCAAGGAGGGCGUGGUGGAAACUCCCCUUCCAAACUUGCUGAUCUGUGGUCUCAAAUUAAUGACUCGCAGCACUUUUCAGAUCCCAACCCUCUCUCACGAACAAUCAGCGCUGUCCGGAAAAGUUUGUGCGGGUCUCUUCGGUGGCGCACAAGGCGCUGGGGGCACCCGGGGAGCCGCGGGUGCGCUUCGUGCUCCGUGCGCGGCCGCAGCAGCGGGGCCCGCCGGCCGCCCGGGGCGCCGCUCCCCGCACCGGUCCCGGCCGCGCCGCAGCCCCGCCGGGAGCGCCGCUGCGCCGCGGCCGCCGAGGGGCGGGCCCGGCCUGUGUCGGGGGCAUGUCCUGAGGGCGUGUCCCGGCCGUGUCGGGGGCGUGUCCCGGCUGUGUCGGGGGCGUGUCCUGAGGGAGUGUUCGGGCUUGCAGGGGCGUGUCCGGGGCGUGUCCCGGCGGCGCGAGGCGCCCGCCCGCCGCCGGAGCAGGCGGAGCGCGAGCCCCGCGCGGAUCCCUGCGGCCGCCGCCGCUGCCGUUGGCGCGCGCGCGCCGGGAACAAAGUGGCCGCGGGAGCGGAGCGCGACGCGAGCGGGGCCGGCGGCUCGUGCGGGCGGCCCGGGGGCGCGCGGGAGGCGGCGGCGCGGGACGGGGAGAGGCAGCGGGGCCGGGAAGAUGAACCGGAGUUUCAACAAAUCUCAGACUCUGCGGUAUCUGGAGUGCAGCGCGGUGGAAGUGAAGAGCAAGUUUGGGGCAGAGUUCAGAAGGUUCUCUCUGGAUCGCUACAAGCCAGGAAAGUUUGAAGACUUCUACAAACUAAUUCUUCACAUUCAUCACAUAGCCAACCUGGAAGUGAUGAUUGGAUAUGCUGAUGUGCAUGGAGACCUUCUCCCUAUUAAUAAUGAUGACAACUUCUUCAAGGCUGUUUCAAGUGCUCAUCCUCUGCUCAGGGUUUUUAUCCAAAGACAAGAUGAAGUGGACUACAGCAAUUUCGGGACCAAUACGCUGUCAAGGAAGAAGAAGGCUCUGGUGACACUGCGCAAUGACAACCUCCGCCGGCGUCCCCACAUCAACAUUAGCAUGCCUCAUGAUUUCAGACCAGUGUCUUCCAUAAUCGAUGUGGACAUCCUCCCCGAAACACACCGGAGAGUGAGGCUGUAUCGACACGGGUGCGAGAAACCCUUGGGAUUUUACAUCCGCGAUGGCACCAGUGUAAGGGUGACUCCUCACGGACUGGAAAAAGUACCCGGUAUCUUCAUCUCCCGUAUGGUUCCUGGGGGCUUGGCAGAGAGCACAGGCUUGCUGGCUGUGAAUGAUGAAGUCCUGGAAGUUAAUGGCAUUGAAGUAGCAGGAAAGACUCUUGACCAAGUCACAGACAUGAUGAUUGCCAACAGCCAUAACCUCAUUAUCACGGUCAAGCCAGCAAACCAGAGGAACAAUAUUAUUCGGAGCAGUAGGAUGUCUGGUAGCUCAGGCCAGUCUACAGACAGCACUGCGAGUCACCAUAGCUUGCCUACAUCCCACAUGCUGCAGAACUUCCAUCCUGAUGAAAUGGAGAGUGAUGAAGAGGCUGACAUUGUCAUCGAGGGUGGUCUGGAGCCACAACACAUUCCUAAACUGCACAGCCUUACUUCCAGUAGCCUCUCUCGAAUCAAUGGCAGCAGCCUUAGCCACAGACUUCAAAGGGACCUGGUGCUCAACAACAACUCUGGCCGAGAAAGCAACGGCAACAUCCACAAAUUACUCAGUUCCUUAAAAACUGAUCCCCGCCACAGUCUGGUUAUCCCCAGAGGAGGUAUCGAGGAGGACGGAACAGUCAUUACACUUUAGUAGCAAUUUCUGCAAUUCUCCUUACAGUCUUAAGUGCCAAUUGGGACAAUUGACUCGUGCAACAUGUGCACAACACAGGAAGCUGAUAUGUCACAGAUCUCACGGGUGCAGAAAAUUGUUGCUUUCUAGGAAAUGUGGCAUCUGGAAUUAGACAUAAAACUGUCAUGUACUGCAAAAUUUGUCAGGAGAAAGCCAGACUGCAAAACCUGGUUUAUGUCCCAGCCCUGGAGUGAGAACAUAAAUUUGUUUUAGUUGGUAUAAACCUAAGCAGUCUUACGGCUACCCAUGGCAGUGUUGUAUACUCGGGUUUGAAAGCAUGGGUAGAUGUAUUUAUACCUGCAUGUAUAUGAAUUAGAUUUUAAUAGUAACAGACGUGUCUAUUUGAAGUGGAACCUGGUUUUCUUCUAAUACCUGCUAAGGAGAGAGUGCUUUUUAAUAGCCAUCCUGUCUUCCUCUGUUACAUACAGCCCUUCCGCCGACUUGUUUACACCAUCUUCUCAGCGUUAUGUCUAAUCCAGACGAGCUCUGUAAAAGCAGCCGUUUCCUAUUCCGGUCGUGGCAGCGUUCGGGAGACGCUGCAGACACAUUUUCCAAAGGAAACCAUGGAAAUCUGGAUCCAUGUAAACCCGCGUGUUUCCCGCGGCCGCCGGGCCUUGGGCGCCACCUGCCGGCCGGCGGGGGCACCGCAGCGGGGGCAGCGCCGCUGCCUUCUCGUAUUCUCUUACCAUAUUUAUUAGAUAAUACCUCUUUGUUGUUGUUGUUGUUGGUUGUGUUUUUUUUCCUCUCUCCACAUCAUCUCUGUUUUUUCAAAAUCAUGGUUCGUGUGAGUUUUUAGGCGUGGAAGCCUCAGAGCUGACGCAGGUCCUUGCUGUACUUUCGGGGCAACGCAAAUGCACAAGGUCUUUCCUUGGCAAGACAUUGCCCUACAGAGGGGAGGCGUGCUGACUGACUCUCAAGCCUAACUUAGAAUAGUUCUGUUAUUUUUGGAAUCCUCCAGUAAUAAAGCUUAAUGUCUACACAGGACUUCUAGAAAGUUAAAAUAUACUGGAUAUUUGUGAAGGUCAGACACCUUGGCUGGGUGGCCAGUGAGUGCCCAGUGACUGAGUCAGUACCUGUCUGCUUCUGGAAACACCAUGGGUUUUAUGAAAGUGGUCUAAUCUAAAAUAUUUUGUUAUAUCUUGAUCAGUGUAAGGAACAAAAUAUAAAUGUUUUAAAAUGUAUUUUUCUACUUUUAGCUUGCGUAAUUUGCUCUUUGUUUUUAACUUUGUAGAACAUUAAAGCUUUUUUAUAUGGUGGAAUAGACAUUUCUUAAAUAUUUUAUGAAUAUGAAAAUUCAGGAGUCUUGGUUUGGAAAAAUUACAUUCCGUUUUGGAAUCUGUAAUGGCUGGAAAAAGAAUGUGAGGACUAAUUCAUUGUCGCUAAUUUAGAAUACCUGUGGAACAACCAGUCUUCUGCUCAUGGUUAAAUAUCUUUGGGACAUUGAACUUAGUUUAUUUCUUUUAGAUUUGCUUUAAGAGUUUAUUUUAAAAGUCUUUCACUUACUCUAAUUAAAACUUUUCUAGGUAUCAAAGCAGCUAUAGAGCUGUACUUACUUUUCCCAGGACAGUAAGAAUAGAACAUGGAUCCUGUUCGUCUUAAAACUGUGUUUGUACUUUACCAAAGGUUUUCAUUUAAAAAAAAAAUCUGAUUAUUGGUGCAGUAAAAUGAAUGAAUAGCUGGAUAUGCUUCAGUCAAUCAGACCACCUUAUCUGGAAAAAUUUGUUACACCUUAAAUAAGACUACUUUUAUGAAUAAGUGGAUUUGUCUGGCUGAAGUUACUUAUUUUACCUUCGUUAACCGAUGAAAAUGUGACCUUGUCUGCAAUAAAAUGUUCACUGUCUUACUUCUACUCUGUGUUU